AUGUGUCGGAGUGUGUCGAAUGCCUCCGACUCCAUCCAUUUUUGCAAGACCAUCUGCCGUUACUGCCACCAAUUGACAGAAAAGUCGGAUUUCUCUUGCAAACCACCUUCCAGUGAGUGUACACAACCGGGUGUUGCACGCAGUUAUUACGUCGCCCAGUGUCAUGCUAGUCCCACAGUUGUCUGCAUGGGUCAUCGAGAAUUCCUGCGGAUGCUUCCGUGUGUCCAAGAAUCGGGCAAGAGUUAUGGCAUUACAGUUAUAUUGAGUCUGUUUUUGGGAGGUCUCGGUGCAGAUCGUUUCUAUCUGGGUAUGUGGAGAGAGGGCCUUGGAAAGUUGUUUACCUUUGGUGGACUUGGAGUGUGGAGCGUUAUUGACUUCAUUCUUGUCGUUGUCGGAUAUAUCUGUCCACCUGACGACAUAACUUAUUGGAGUAAUGCACUGCCUAUGUAA